AUGAAAAAUCCAAUUAAGAUUACAAUUGAAAGUUUAACACUUUCAUUUGGAAAGAAGAGUCUAUUCGACGAAUUGGAUUUCUCACUCUCAAGAGGUGAUAAAGUGACCCUAGUGGGUGAGAACGGAUGUGGCAAAACCACAUUUCUUCGUCUAUUGAAUAGUACGCAACAACAAAAUUCGAAUUCUGAAUUAUUCGAAUAUACAGGAUUGAUUGAAAUAGAGGGAAAGAUUGGUUUCUUACCUCAACAUUUUGAAGAUAUCACCAAUCCUAAUGAACCAACAAUUAUCACUAUGCUCAAAUUCUUCCCUGACUCUGAUAUUCAACAAUUUCUAGAUCAACCUUUACAACCACUUUCUGAGGAAUGGUACAAUGAAUUGAAUUCUCUUAUUGGAGAUGAAAUUUAUCAACAGACAAAACUUCUAGGAUUGAAUAACGAUUUAUUGGAGCAAGAAUUUGAAAGUUUGAGCGGUGGAGAGAAAACCAAGUCAAUUCUGUGUGCAUUAAGUAUUGUGAAACCUGACAUUUUAUUAUUGGAUGAACCAACGAAUCAUCUUGAUGUUCAGGGAAUUGAAUGGCUGGAGAAUUUCUUAAUGGAAUAUGAUGGAGCAGUCGUGAUGGUUACUCACGACAGAACUUUGAUUAAUUCAGUUUCUAAUAGAAUUUCAGAACUUUCACCUCAUACGAAAAAGUUUGUCCACUUUAGAGGUGGCUAUGAAAACUAUCUUGCUCAGGAGGAAAAGAAACGUCAGAGAGCCAUUCAAGAACGUGAAUUCCAAGAAAAGGAAUUGAAAAAUCUGAAACAAAAGUCAAUUCAAAUGGCCUCUUCAAUGAAAGCCAGAAAAUUGAGAGAUCCCAAAAAUAGGGAUAAAAUCAGUUACAAUAAUCAGGAAGAAAGAGUUCACAAAGGUACUUCCAAGGCGUUUAAUCAAAUUACGAGAAAGCAAGAGUACUUGCUCGAGAACAGAAUAGAUUUAAUUCAAGAACGAAACAAAAUUUCAUUCGAAUUUGAUGAAAAUUCUGUUUCAUCCUCGUUGUGCAUUGAAGUUUCUGAUUUGACUAAAUCCUUUGCUCACAAACCACUUUUCCAAAAUGUUUCGUUUACUCUAGUGAGUGGUGAUCGAUUGAUUAUUCAAGGUCCAAAUGGUUCUGGCAAGACAACCUUAAUGAAUAUUCUGAUGGGAUUGACAGAAUCUGACAGUGGCACUGUUACUAUCAGUAAGCAUGCCAAGAUUGGAUAUUUGGAUCAGGAACAAGAAAAUCUGAUACUUGACAAGUCAGCAAUUGAAUUAUUGAUGGAAGAUUCUAGCAUUCAAGCAACAAAACAAAAGAUUAUCAGUGAAUUGUGUAAUCUUGGAGUUUAUACUUGGCAUGACUUGAAUUCACCAUUGAAAUCAUUGAGUAUUGGAUGUAGAAGAAAGGUACAAUUGUGUAAAAUAAUCAUGCAAAAAUGCUCAAUUUUGGUAUUGGAUGAAUUGACUAAUCAUAUUGAUUUUCCUAGCUUGGAAGUGAUUGAGGAAGCAUUGAUGAAUUUCCCUGGAAUUAUCAUUGCAACUUCACACGAUAGAUAUUUCACAGACAAAAUUGCAACCGAUAUUAUCAAUCUUGAAGAUUACUCAGAGUUCAACAAUGAUAAAUAG